UCGCUUCGAGCUUAAUUUUGAGAAAAAUGGCGUCUGCCUGUAAUAUCUUAAAUUUGCCGGUGGAGGUUCUUGCCUUAAUUUUUAAGGAGCUACUGGAUAUCAAGGAUAAACUUAAUUUUGCCGAAACUCAUCCAGUUCUGGGAAAAGCAUUUGCCUUGCAAGCUGGAGAUACUUAUAAGAAAAUCGAUUUCGGGGAACGUUCCAUUGCUGAGUGGGCAAAAAUAUUAUCGUUGUGUGGACCAUCCGUUUCUAGAAUCUCAAGUCAAGCGGUAAACAAAUCCGUUGCUGUGACGAAAUUGGCUUCCGAUUUCUGUCCCAAUUUGGACGAGUUUUUCUUAGCAGUUCGUAGGCGUUUUUGGAACCACAUAUCUCCGCUUUUGUUGACCUUGAAAAAUCUAAAAUGGGUCGGAUUCAUUAACGAUUUCGAAAAUGUGAAUGUUGUCGACACUUUGCUGAAGUUACCCAAUCUAAUUAAUUUGGAAUUGUAUAAUUUCAACCGUCAAGAUGUGGAAAGACUAAAGGAGCUUGUCAAUCUGACGGAGCUGACUUUAUUUAACAAAAAAGGAGAUCCAAUCGAUAUUUAUAAAAUAUGCUCGACCAUGAAAAAUAUGGAUUCGUUGCAUAUAAAGUACGGCAACAUUAAAAUUCCCAAAGAUCUUGGCGGUGAGCAGUUGUGGCCCAAGAUAGAAUUACUGAGAAUUGGUUACGGUCUCUUUUACACGCCAUUACCGUAUUUACCGACUCUACAAUAUCUGACUAUAGACAAUACUGAUUACCGUAUGAAACUCAACAAAAUAUUUGGCAAAACUGUAACCGAGUACGCCACUACAUUGGAGUCCUUGCGUUUUUGCCCAGAAACCCUUCGAUGCAUCGAUUUAGAAGAGGCCGCUACCAUUUCUAAGUUGAAGGCCCUGAAGAGGCUUGAGUGUCAGUUGGAAAGCGAUUUGUACAUCGAUCACUUUAUUACUAACUUACAGCAGUUGGAGAGCUUAAGCCUUCAAAAUUCUUCUAACAUUACAUGUGUGGGCAUUGUCCAGUUGCUAGGUCGUUGCAAGAAGCUACGUAAACUUGAUGUCUUUGGUUGUCGCCUCCUCAAGAAGAAUUUGAUAAUUCCACCGGCUAUCGCUAUUCUACAUAUGAACGGCGUUCAGUCAAAUAAUCCCUUGGUACUCACGGUCGGUUCUGAAUUUGGAAUGGUCACCGAUGAGCUGAUUGGCGGUGUGUUGCUCGUCAAAGGACACAACAGCUUCCAAUUUUUUGAUCUGCUGUCGCAGCUUUUCUAAAAAUCAACGAGAAGAAAAUUUAUACGUUAGUUUAAAUGUAACAACGUCUGUGCGAGUUGAAAAUAUUUCACGAGCCUUUAGUAUACGGAAGAUACAUAUAUUCAUUAUGUAACGC